CGGCGUACCCCAAAAUGCGCCUCCCCGUGAGGCAACAGCCCUCCUUUCUUCCGCCUGCGCCCUCCUAGCCGCACCACUUCCAUCCCCAAAAGGCUCCAGCCGCAACAGCAGUCGGGUUCUGGGCUCGCCGCCGGACCCCUGGAGGGCGCGGGGCAGGUGUCCAAGCUCCGCGCCAGCCUCCGCUCCCGCUGCCACAGUCAGUGUGCCGGGCACACGCACACCCCGCAACCCCUCCCUCACCCCUUCCCCGAUGUUCAGUCUCCGCCAGCCCAGGUCGCUGCAUCCUCCGCGUGCGGCGGCGAGAGGGAGGCAGCAGGCGCAGCCGCCGGCAGAGGCAGAGACACCGUGUGACGGCGCAGCUCCGUGACACACGGUUCUGGUUGAAGAGCGGACGCGCGGUGGAGGAGGUGACUGCGCUUGGGACGUGGAGGGAUGGCUUGACUUUUCCCGUUAAACCAGCACGAGCCAUGGAUGCGCACGGGCGAUGCGCCCCCCCACUAAGAGAAAGACCACGAUUCGAGACCCUCAGCGCCCUAGCGUGUCGCAAUACUUAUUGAGUGCCUACUGUGUACCAGCUCCAUAUCUAUGUGCAUACAAAAACCCUGGAAGGUCAUACUCCAACAUAUAUGCAUAGUAAUCGUCUUUGCUUGCUGAGAUAACAGGGGUGUCAAGCUUAUAUUUUUGCUGCUGUUCAUUGUAAAUACGCUCAGAACAGGAAAAUUUGGAAGAAUUUUUUGACUCCAGGGGCUUUUUAAACAUGAUGCAUUUCAAAAGUGGACUUGAGUUAACUGAGUUGCAGAACAUGACAGUCCCCGAAGAUGAUAACGUCAGCAAUGACUCCAACGAUUUCACGGAGGUGGAAAAUGGUCAGAUAAAUAGCAAAUUUAUUUCUGAUCGUGAAAGUAGAAGAAGUCUCACAAACAGCCAUUUGGAAAAAAAGAAAUGCGAUGAAUAUAUUCCAGGAACGACCUCCUUGGGCAUGUCUGUUUUCAACCUGAGCAACGCCAUUAUGGGCAGUGGGAUUUUGGGACUUGCCUUUGCCCUGGCAAACACCGGAAUCCUACUUUUUCUGAUCCUUCUGUCUUCGGUGACACUGCUGUCUAUAUACUCAAUAAACCUUCUGCUGAUCUGCUCGAAGGAAACAGGCUGCAUGGUUUACGAAAAGCUGGGAGAACAGGUCUUCGGCACCACGGGGAAGCUUGUCAUCUUCGGGGCCACCUCUCUACAGAACACCGGAGCGAUGCUGAGCUACCUCUUCAUAGUAAAAAAUGAACUACCCUCUGCCCUGAAGUUUCUGAUGGGAAAGGAAGAGACAUUUUCAGCCUGGUACGUGGAUGGCCGUGUUCUCGUGGUGAUAGUUACUUUCGGCAUAAUCCUCCCUCUGUGUCUCUUGAAGAAUUUAGGGUAUCUUGGCUAUACUAGUGGAUUUUCCUUGAGCUGUAUGGUAUUUUUUUUAAUAGUGGUUAUCUACAAGAAAUUUCAAAUUCCCUGCAUUGUUUCAGCGCUAAAUUCAACAAGUGCUAAUGCAACAAAUGCUGACAUGUGUACGCCAAAAUAUGUUACCUUCAAUUCAAAGACCGUGUAUGCGCUACCAACCAUCGCGUUUGCAUUUGUCUGCCAUCCGUCAGUUCUGCCAAUUUACAGCGAGCUUAAAGAUCGAUCACAGAAGAAGAUGCAGAUGGUCUCCAAUAUCUCCUUUUUUGCCAUGUUUGUCAUGUACUUCCUGACUGCCAUCUUUGGCUACUUGACAUUCUAUGAAGGCGUGCAGUCAGACCUCCUCCACAAGUACCAGAGUAAAGACGACGUUCUCAUCCUGACAGUGCGGCUGGCUGUCAUUGUCGCCGUCAUCCUCACAGUGCCGGUGUUGUUUUUCACGGUUCGCUCGUCUUUGUUUGAACUGGCUAAGAAAACAAAGUUCAAUCUGUGUCGUCACAUCGUUGUCACCCUCAUACUCUUGGUUAUCAUCAACUUGUUGGUGAUCUUCAUUCCCACUAUGAAGGAUAUCUUUGGAGUCGUUGGUGUUACAUCUGCUAAUAUGCUUAUUUUCAUUCUUCCUUCAUCUCUUUAUUUAAAAAUCACAAACCAGGAUGGAGAUAAAGGAACUCAAAGGAUUUGGGCUGCCCUUUUCUUGGCCCUGGGGGUGUUGUUUUCCCUGAUCAGCAUCCCCUUGGUCAUCUACGACUGGGCCUGCUCGUCGGGUAGUGACGAGGGCCACUGAGACCGGCCGAGAGGAGGAAACAGUCCCGUCUGCUGCGCAGUCCAGUCACCAUACGUCGGCCACCCUCAUCACUUCUUUUGCAAGUUUACAGAAGCAAAGAGAAAUUUAUGAGAUACUUAAAGUGGAAUAACACUUUGGUAGCAAAACAGAACUGUUUCUAUAAUGUUUCAUGUCCUUUCAAGGUUUGGGAUCAAUUUAAGGAUCAUGGAUUUUUUUUUUUUUUCCAAAUUUCAUGCAAUCAUAUUUCUUAGUACUUUCCACAGUCAGUUAUUUUUCAGUCUCCUAACUCAAUCUUUUGUGAUGUUAUGGUCUCCUAGAACUUUAAAACCAUGAUCACCAAUCAUGUUUAUUUAUUAGAGAUCCAGGUCUGAAAUAAUUUUCUUACUGAUGUUCAGGUCAUACGAUCUGUACCUUUUUAGAAGAGAAAAGAACUUUAAAUUGUAUAUAUUUAUUUUGCUUUACAGAAAAAAAAAAGGUUUCAUAAAUAAUUUGCCUAUUAACACAGCACACAGGGAAAAUCGUGUAAGAGUCCCAGGGUGUGGGCCGUGGCAGGGGCCGAGCCCGCCCGACGUUUGAGGCGGCUGUGAUCGCCCGGCCGCUGACCCGGGCAGUCCGGCGGCCUCACCGGUACUGCGUCCUGCCCACGCAGAGAUGUUCUCUGGGGAAGUGUUCUCAGCGGGAGGUGGGGCUGGGUGGCGGAAAUGACUCUUUCCUUGGUCAGUGCAUCAAACUACACAUCUGGGUAAUCUAGCAAAUUAAGUUUUUUUUCCCUCUUGGUGACUUGUGUCAAAAUUGCUCUGAUCUGAGUCAGUUUCUACCGGAGGGGUCCCGGGGACGCCUUUGUAGUAAACGGAGGAGCAGAGGGACCACAGAAAGAGUGUCCGGAAUGCCUGAGGAAGGGCCCUCUGCCGCCGCUGGCCCCCAGCCCUGCUCCCCACCCUGCCCUGUGGAGGAGGGAACGCAUUUCCUCACGUGACACGUGCAGCAGCUUUCGUUCAUGUCCGCCAGCUCUUUGCACAGAGAAUAACAUGUAUCUACCCAAGGGGAUCUAGGAUAAGUAAUUCCUGUUUUAUAUUGGGUACUCUGGGGGGGUCUUUAAAAGACUUGUUUUAUAUCUAUAAAUUUAGGUUAUUUCAAAUGUAAGAUUUUUAUAUCUUAAAUAAGCCUCAUUCCUAUUCCUUCUCCAUUAACAAUCCAUCCAGAGUCUUGGAGAAAGAGGCCCCUCAGAGGUAGUCUCUGAGGGGAACAUGUGAUGCAAUCACUGAGGACCUUCCCUCCCCCAGACAAGGGCCUUGCUGUCUGUGUGUCUGGCUGCUUGUUUUCGGGGACGGAGCCGCCUCUCACUCUUACCCCAGCCCCUGUCCUUAAGGCGGAGGAAGGAAGCUGCUCAGAGGCGGGAAGAGAAGAGAGUGCGGGACAAGGUGGCUUGGGGAGCAGUGGGGAAAAGAGCCCAGAACUGCAUCGCCCCAGAGCCAGGCCAUCGCCUGUGACCGAAGUGUCCAGACAGUAAGGAAUGUCUGUGCUCCGUGAGCCGGUCUCUGGAAACAGGCCUUGCGUUUCAAUCUGUGUACUCUGAUUGGAUUUCUCAGACACCGACGUUCACCGAGCACAGAUUUCUUAUCCCGAGAAAAGUAGGAUCUAACUGCAGACUCUGGGCAGAGUUUCUGGGUCCCAGGCUCUGGCCUCUGUUCCCCCCUCACUCAAAUCCCCAGAACCCCCCCCCCCCAUAUACAUACACUGGGAGAACACGGAACUAUCCCCUCCGUUUUAGACCCGCGCCCCAGGGAAAAGGUAGGCGCCUCGCCACGAUCCCCCUGGGGGAGGAGAAAGGUUGGCCCCUGCAUUUCUUGGUAGGGCCAUCAUGACUUUUAAUGUAAUGUCCCAGAAUGACAUCCACAUUAGGUCAGAGUUCAGAUGUUUAGACAUGAAUAACUACCUGUGGGCGAAUACCUAACCCAUAAAACACCCCGUCCUUUUCAGCAGUGUCUUCCACAUUAGGUGGGGGUGGGGAGACACUGAGCAAAACAAGUCAGGGCAGCUGGCCCUUGGAGCUUGUCCAGAGCACCGAGGGUUGAAGUAGCCAGAGAGUGGGAUGAACCUCCAUUAAAAAAUACAUAAUUUAGUUCCCAAGCUAUAUUAUUCUUUUUAUUUUCCUCAUUAAUUUAGAACAAUUUAUCUUACACUCCCAAAGUCAAUUUAGAGAUUUAUCAUUAACUCUUGGGGGAAGAAGGAUGCGUAGUGAUAUUUUUGGAUCUCUGGAUUUUAUGUGUUAGUACAAGGAAUAAUUAUUUAAAGUGUAUUUAUUUAGAGGAGAUACAUUGUUGAUGUCUGUGAUAACACAGGUUUUUAAAAAUAUUCUUUAUAUGUCUAUCUAAGUUUAUUGUUGACUGAAUAUAAUAGUCCCUACUGUAAUUUGUCCAAUAUCACUGAUUAAUGACAUCAUUUGUGUCAGAUUAACUGUAAAGUAUACUGCACUUACUCUUCUUGUUCGGAGUAGCAAACUGGUAGCCAAAAAUACAUGUAUCACAGAAGUUAGGUAGAAUUAAACAAUAUAGUCAAGUACUAUAGAGGUUUUUCUGCUAAAUUAGUAGACUACCGAACAUGAUCCUGAGCCACUGGGAGCAGCACAUUGUCCUUGGGUAGACAGGUCUCCACACCAGUGGGCAGUGCCAGUUUCAGGCUUGGCGUUCAGAACUGUUCUCUCGUCAGUGCAGUACGGGGUACCAUGAAGCCCUCGUUUCCUUCAUGUUACCUGGCAGAAGUGCGGGCAGCAAAGUGCGCCCAGGGAGGAAACUCAGUCUUGUUCGGCAGAGGCAGUCCCCAGUUUACAAGCUGAUCAUAUUGCAAAACACUGUCCGUUGAUUGCAACCUGGACUGAAACCAGUGUUCAUGGUGGUUAGGCCCCCAGAACAGCUGGAAAAGAUAAUUCAACCCAUAGUUUAGCUGAAACUGGAUAAUAUCACAAGGUUGUUGAAGAACCUAACCACUAAAUAUUCCUUCUAGGGGUAGUUGUUCAGAGUGCCAAGGAUGCAUCACUCCUGUUGGUGGUGGUGUCUGGAGUGUCCACGACUGCCACCGUGCCUGCUGGUUGGGGUGUGCAGGGUUGCCACCAGUCAGGUGACCAGAGUGGCCUGAAGCCGGGUCUCCGGCAAAGGAGGGGAAGGAUAAGCCCGGGGCUGCCCGAGAACCUAGCGGUAGGAGGAGGUGAAGGAGGAUAAGGGGCUCUGUGAGCUGUAAACCUCUGGGGGCCUUUUUCGGCCGAUACCUUCUUUUCUCUGGGGUCUCAGGCUUGGCCUGCCUGCUUCUAUUUUUAGGGCCUUUUGCCGCCAUAGUUCACCUUUCCUGCUCACUGCACACACAAAAAGGACGUUGCUGCAGAGCCCCUGCCAUCUGCCCGUCAUUGGAGCCAGCACACAACACCUCUAAUGGUUCAGUGCUAACAACCCAUCGUCUCACUGCCCGGUAAUCAGACGGGGGCGAAACAGCUCUCUGCCCACUUUCCUCCUUCUACAUUUGCACAGCUAGUAAAGGAAGGCACACGUGGGUGAUGGCCAUGGGGUUUGGCGUGGACAAAGGACGGUGGUAGGAUUCCACAGUAUUUCAGAGGACCUGCAGUUACUCCAGGGCUGACUUUCUUCUGGACUUGAGCCUCUGAGCCAAUGGUUCUCAAAGUGUAGCCCCCAGACCAGCAGUAGCAGCGGCAGCAGGUGGGAAUGCACAUUCUCAGGCUCUACUCCAGACCUAGUGAAAUCAGGCUGGGGACUGGAGGAGUGACCGGACUGGUGUUUUUAACACCCCCCCCCCUCGGUGGUCUUGAUGCAUGUUAAGUUUGAGUGCCACCCUGAGCCAGUUAGUCUCACCCUUGUUCUCCCUAUUCAUCCCCCCUGCCAGAGGACAGUUCAUAGGACUCGUGGGACGAGAAAUGGAGGCCAGGACUUGGGGAAGGCCUCAGUAGCAGAGCCUCCAGCCCCUGCCCCCUGGAAAGGCUGAUGCAGGUGCUGAAUGGUGAGCAGAGGCCGUCUGCACUCUGGGGUAACUUUGGGUUGAGGCACAAUAAGUGCACAUUUUUUAGACCUAGGAAGAAGGUGAGGUGUUAACUUUUCUGGUUUGGGGUGUUUUUUAAAAGAGGAAUUAAAAGAAUACACCCUAUGUAAAUGCAGCUUUAGAGGAAUGCUGAAUUCAAGUCAGGAGGAAGUUCUGCAGAAUGUCUGAGUUUGUGGUGCAGUGAUCGAUCUGUCUUCUUUUUAAAGUGAAUUCUCUACGAAAAGGUCUACACUGAAUAAGGAGCUACAAACUGCUUGGAAAAGAAUGUAGAGCUCAGUUCCACUCCGGUGCAUCUGGAUGCUGGACAGCACAGUUAAGUGGGGCGGGGAGGCGGUCAGGGAGAUGACCAGAUGUUUGAGUUCAUGCCUUAGAGCAAAAGCCAUCAGUUUCCCUCAGUUUAUCCAUGUAAAUGGCUUCAGACUUAGGGCAUCAGCCUGAAGGAUAUAAUUCCUCCAUUCCAGUGCACAGUAAACUUCUAGCCAUUUUCAAAACAAGGAAGUUGCAGACUACAGCAUUUAGCAGUGCUAAUAGAUGACUUUUGUAGGGAUGGCAGGCAGAGGACCCUUUAGCAGUAGAACAUACUUCCUCUAAAAUACAGUGAAUUGUUUAUGAUGUAAGUCUUUUGGGUACAAAAUGGAGUGGGGUGGCUAACAACUGAAAAAAUAUCACCAAACCUAAAAGAAGUACUUGGAAAAUAAAUAAAAUUCACAAGGGUUAGGCAUUCCCCUUCUGGGUUUUCUCGGAGGAAGGGCUAUGAAACUGGCUCAUCUGUAUACAGGCUUGAAUUUUUGUUUUUAAAAGGAAGUAUCUAUGCAGCUGAGGCUUAUUGUGGGAAAUACUUCAUUUGUAUGUAAAUACACUGUAAAUAAAUAGGCUGUAUAUUUUUGCAGUUGUUGAUCCACACUGAAAUAGAAGUCUCUUGCUUCUGCAUAUGAAGAAUAAAAGUUUUCAUAGAUAUUAGUGGUUUCAUUUGGGAGUUAGAAAAUUUUACAUUCUCUCACAGGAAACAUAGUUCUCUCAGUGUAAACUUGGAACCUAAAAGUCUUACUUAAUUGUUUAGAAAGAGAAAUGUCUGAGAAAUAGCUGUAUCGAUUUCUUAUACUGAUAGUAAGAUCAGUUAUUUAAAAGGUAGUCCUCUGAGCUACAACUAAGGAAUACUUAGACCCGAAUUAUUACCACAUAGAAAUAGAUGACCUAAAACAACAAAUGGUUUCUUCAUAAUGCUCUUCCGCUAUGAAUACUGACACCACGACACAGUAUUUUUAAAAACAGAAGUUGGAGAGGAGAAUGUUAUCUUUUCAAAAUUGAAUUGCUGCAUUUCCCAAACUUUGGGAUUUUUGAAAAAGAGGAGAACCCGAACAUCCACUAGGAGCACAAAUUUGAAGGAGGGAAAAAAACAGUAUUUUAUGGAACUUUUGAGAGCUGUGCAUGUUUGCCUUUGACUUCAGUGUCCACGCCAACAUAGACUGUCGUAAGUAACUUUUCCCCAAAGCCCUGGAGUCUGCAUCGCCUGCGUGCGAUCGUUCCCUGGCGUCCGGUGUGUGUUAGACGUCACUGAAGUCCGGUGCGUGUAGGCACACUGCUGUUUUAUUCAUGUAAGAACCUUGUAAAUGAAUUUUAGAGGAAUAACUUAAGUGAGUCACAAGUCACAAAACCUGGUUAAUCAAAUAGAAGUUUUGUUCCCCGCCCCCCAGGAUCUGGUGUAAAUAAAGAAAUGUAAGAAGUUCUGUUCUAUAACUGCUCUAUUAACAUAGUUUUUAAACAUUAAAAUCAUGAACUCAAA